ACUCUGAUCACCCAUCCAUCCCCAAAUUAUCAAAAAUAGUUCCAUCUUGUGAGCUUAGAAAAUCAGUGCAAGUUUCAUUUCCCAAGUGAAAAACAAGAAUGAGGUCCAACGCUGUUGUGUUUGGUUGUCUCUUAUUUAUCUCUACUGUUGUUAUUGCAUCCGCAGUGUCUGAAGGAACUCAAGAGCAGCAUGAGGUUGAAGUUGAAAAUGGAAAUUCAAUAGAAGAAUCUAAGCAACGUUGUCCCAGUGGACGAUGUUGCGUCGUCAAUCGCUUUACCGGUCGUUGCGUCAGAUGUUGUCCUCGAUCUGAAGAAGUGGAAGCCACCGCCCAAAAUCAAAAUGUUGAAAAUGAAAAUUCAGUAGAAGAAUCUAAACAACGUUGUCCCAGUGGACGAUGCUGCGUCGUUAAUCGCUUUACCGGUCGUUGUGUCAGAUGUUGUCCCCGAUCUGCAGAAGUGGAAGCCACUGUCCAAAAUCAAAAUGUUGAAAAUGAAAAUUCAGUAGAAGAAUCUAAACAACGUUGCCCUAGUGGACGAUGUUGUGUCGUUAAUCGCUUUACCGGUCGUUGCGUCAGAUGUUGUACUCCUCGACCUACAGAAGUGGAAGCCACGGUCCAAAAUCAAAAUGUCGAAAAUGCAAUAGAAGAAUCUAAGCAACGUUGCCCCAGUGGACGAUGCUGCGUUGUUAAUCGCUUUACUGGUCGUUGCGUUAGAUGUUGUCCUCGACCUGAAGAAGUGGAAGCCACUGCUCAAAAUCGAAAUGAAAUUGGAGUAGAAGAGAGCAAAGUUGAGACAAACGGACGUAUUAAAGGAGGCAAAGGAGGCAAAGGAGGAGAAGGCAAAGGGAAUGAUGGCGGCAAAGGUGGAAAAGGCCACGCUAAUGGUGGAGACUGAUCAGUGGAAGCUGCUGUAUAUUAUGUAGUUGUAGGGUACCCCAACAACAACAUAAUGUUAAGGGCCUAAAGGAUACAAUACAAUACAAACAAUAUCAAAUCAAAGGGAAUAAAUUAAAUAGUAAUGAAGAAUAAGGGAUAUGGUGACCUAGAAUAGAAGGGUUACAUUCCUUUUCUACCUUUAACCAUUACUAUGUAAAAUAAACAUAUAUAAAUAUGCAUGGUUCUUGGUUUCAUAUA